AUGCGAAGAAGGCAGCUGGCAAGAAGUCCCAAGCGGCAGCCGUUGCCGCACAGUAUCAAGAAGUAUAGCCCGGCAGAUUUGCAGCAGGGCCUGAAGAGAGGGACGCUCUUCCGUGCCGUGAUCCGCUACAAUGCCUCGGAUACCUCCCAGGCCUUCGCCACCCUGCCGGGCCUCUCUCACGACAUCCUUAUCAAGGCCAUGGCUGCUGCAACUGGCACCCAGCACCUUCUGGUGUCGGGUCGUGUCCUCCAGUGGAAGGAUGGCAUGGAGUGCCCGACGGCCGAGGUGCGAGGCAGCCUGGGGCAGGCUGGCGACCUCCUCAGUGAGACUGCUGCCUGUCUGGCCAGCGAAGGCAUCACCCAGGGUGACUCGUUCGACAGCAAGGUGAUGGCCUGCCUGCCCCAGACUCCCUGGCGCAUCGGCGAAGAAGAAUGCGUGGGGCGUCGGGACCUGCGGUCCGCCCGCACCUUCUCCAUAGACCCUCCCACUGCCAGGGAUCUGGAUGACGCCCUGUCCAUUCAGGAACUGGGGGGUGGCAGCUACCGCGUGGGCGUCCACAUCGCAGACGUGUCCCACUUUGUCAGGCAUGCGACUGAGCUGGAUGAGGAGGCCCUGACCCGCUCUACAAGUGUCUACAUGGUGCACAAUGUCAUUCCCAUGCUGCCACGACUCCUUUGCGAGGAGCUGUGCAGCUUGAACGCGGGGGUGGAUCGCCUCGCCUUUUCUAUCGUCUGGGACAUGGGCGCAGACGGCAGCAUUCGGAGCACAUGGAUCGGGAGGAGCAUCAUCCACUCCUGCGCCAAGCUUUCCUACCUGCACGUCCAAGAGGUCCUGGAGGGGAGGGAGCCAGCAGACUGCCCAGGCCUGACCCCCGUGGUCCUGACCCCGGGGCACACAUGGGAGGAGAUAAAGAGGGACUGCCUGGCCCUCCACGCCUUGGCCAAGGCCCUGAGGGCCGCGCGCUUUCAGCGAGGAGCCCUGCGGCUCGACAACACCAAGCUGUUCUUUGCCUUGGAUAAGGCUGGGAACCCCACGGAUGCCAACCGGCUGGUGGAGGAGUUCAUGCUGCUGGCCAACACCACUGCAGCCAACAAGAUCGCCGAUGUCUUCCCAGACAGGGCGCUGCUGCGCCGCCAUCCGGCGCCGAGCCCGUCCAAGCUCACGCAGCUGGCUGGGCAGCUGGAAGCCCUGAAUGUCACCCUGGACGUCAGAACAGCAGGGUCCCUGCAAGCAUCACUGGAGCGGCUGCGUGCCACGCACAGCGAUGCAAACCUUGUCAGCGCCGUCACGCAGAUGGUCACCAAGCCCAUGACGACGGCAGCCUACUUCUGCACGGGCACGUCAGAGGACGCCUCCGGCUGGGGGCACUACGCGCUGGCGGCCCCGCGGUACACCCACUUCACCUCGCCCAUCCGGCGGUACCCAGACGUGGCCGUGCACCGCCAGCUGGCCGCCGCCCUGGAGGUGGAGGCGGGCGCCGAGCCGGCCGUGGCGCUGCAGCGCUGGGGCUGCCCGGAGGCGGAGGAGCUGGAGCGCAUCGCGCUGCACUGUAACGAGAGGAAGUCGGCUGCCAAGGCGGUACAGGACGGCGUCCUGUACCUACACCUCCUGCAGAUGCUGGAGCGGAAGCCGCACGCCUGCUGGGCAGUGGUGGUGGGCGUGGGCGGCCCGCGCUAUCUGGACGUGUACAUUCCCCUGAUUGGCAAGGAGCUGAGGGUGCAGGUGUCGGACCUGGUCGCACCGGGGCCGUCCCCACGGAACGUGGUCGGUGCCUGGGACAAGCAGGACAUGCGGCUCACGCUGUCGGCGGGGCAGCAAGAGGCUGAAGCUGAGUGGGCCAAGGCACUGCGGCCGGUCGUGGUCGCUCCAGGCGUGGAGUCCGCAUGCCUCCCGCUCACGCUUAGACUGCUGAGUCAGCUGCCCCUGAUCGUCACCAGCAAGACCCGCGGGGAUGGGAGCCCUGCAUACCUGAUCGCCACGGCGUACCUUGCCGGCCCUGCAGUGACUCAGCCCACGCCAAUGCUGGAUCAGGCAUGA